AUGAAGACUGUUUUAAUUUUGACUUUAGCACUUUUUACGUUUUCAUUGAUAAGCACUAGGAAAACUGAGAAUGUUACUCAAGAAGCAGUUACAAAAGAAGCUCCAGAUAAUGACUUUAAUCUGACAGAUGUCAUGACGCAAUGUAAUGAAAGCUUCCGAAUUCAAAUGUCAUACUUGGAAGCAUUAAAUGUAAGUGGUAGUAUACCAGAUGAAACAGAUAAAACACCUAAGUGUUUCCUGAGAUGCGUGCUAGAGAAGACUAAGGUAUUAUCAGAAGAUGGCGAAUUUGACGUGGAGCGAACAGCUGAUGUCCUCAGCAUGGUGAGGCAUGGCACUGCUAAGAAUGAUGUUGAGGAGAUGGCGAACCGAUGUUCAGAUAGACCGGAGAAGUGUCAAUGCGAGAGGUCGUAUAACUAUUUAAAAUGUCUCAUUGAAGCAGAUUUAGAGAGACACAAAAUGGAAUAA